CUCUAUUGGGCGCCGCAGCCGCUCGGGCCUGGGAGUCAACUGCAGGCUGGCGAAGCUGUUCUGGGCGCCCGUGCGGGCUGGUGGGCCGCGCACCUUCCUCCUCCGCACCUCCCGCUCUCGGACAUGGUGGCCCCCGGCUCCGUGACCAGCCGGCUGGGCACGGUGUUCCCCUUCCUGCUGGUCCUGGUGGACCUGCAGUACGAAGGUGCUGAAUGUGGAGUAAAUGCAGAUGUUGAGAAACAUCUUGAAUUGGGCAAGAAAUUACUUGCAGCUGGACAGCUAGCUGAUGCUUUAUCUCAAUUUCAUGCUGCAGUAGAUGGUGACCCUGAUAAUUAUAUUGCAUACUAUCGGAGAGCUACUGUCUUUUUAGCUAUGGGCAAAUCAAAAGCAGCACUUCCUGACUUAACUAAAGUAAUUGAAUUGAAGAUGGAUUUUACUGCAGCAAGAUUACAGAGAGGUCACUUAUUACUCAAACAAGGAAAACUUGAUGAAGCAGAAGAUGAUUUUAAAAAAGUGCUUAAAUCUAAUCCAAGUGAAAAUGAAGAAAAGGAAGCCCAGUCUCAGCUUAUAAAGUCUGAUGAAAUGCAGCGUUUGCGUUCACAAGCACUUGAUGCUUUUGACAGUGCAGAUUAUACUGCUGCUAUAACCUUCCUUGAUAAGAUUUUGGAGGUUUGUGUUUGGGAUGCAGAACUACGAGAACUUCGAGCUGAAUGUUUCAUAAAGGAAGGGGAACCUCGGAAAGCUAUAAGUGACUUAAAAGCUGCAUCAAAAUUGAAGAAUGAUAAUACUGAGGCAUUUUAUAAAAUCAGCACACUGUACUACCGACUAGGAGACCACGAACUGUCCCUCAGUGAAGUUCGUGAAUGUCUUAAACUUGAUCAGGAUCAUAAGAGGUGUUUUGCACACUAUAAACAAGUGAAGAAACUUAAUAAGCUGAUUGAGUCAGCUGAAGAGCUUAUCAGAGAUGGCAGAUACACAGAUGCCACGAGCAAAUAUGAAUCUGUCAUGAAAACAGAGCCCAACAUUGCUGAAUAUACCCUUCGUUCAAAAGAAAGGAUUUGUCACUGCUUUUCUAAGGAUGAGAAGCCUGUGGAAGCUAUUAGAGUGUGUUCUGAAGUUUUACAGAUGGAACCUGACAAUGUGAAUGCUCUGAAAGAUCGAGCAGAGGCCUAUUUAAUAGAAGAAAUGUAUGAUGAAGCUAUUCAGGAUUAUGAAGCUGCUCAGGAACACAAUGAAAAUGAUCAGCAGAUUCGGGAAGGUCUAGAGAAAGCACAGAGACUAUUGAAACAAUCACAGAAACGAGAUUAUUAUAAAAUCUUGGGAGUAAAAAGAAAUGCCAAAAAGCAAGAAAUUAUUAAAGCAUACAGAAAAUUAGCACUGCAGUGGCAUCCAGAUAACUUUCAGAAUGAAGAAGAAAAGAAAAAAGCUGAGAAAAAAUUCAUUGACAUAGCAGCUGCUAAAGAAGUCCUCUCGGAUCCAGAAAUGAGGAAGAAGUUUGACGAUGGAGAAGAUCCUCUGGAUGCUGAAAGCCAACAAGGAGGAGGUGGCAACCCUUUUCACAGAAGUUGGAACUCAUGGCAAGGGUUCAAUCCUUUCAGUUCAGGAGGACCAUUUAGAUUUAAAUUCCACUUCAAUUAAACCAACUGUUUUUCUGCUCUUCUUCCUUAAUUUUUUAAAGAUUAAAAACAAAGAAAACCUUGUACUGCGAUCCCAAUGAAAAAAAAUAUCAAAUCUUUGUUUGUCCAUGACCAAAGAGUUGUUUUAAUAAGAAAAAUCCAUUUUAGAAUGAAGGUUAAUGGCUUUGCAAGGGCAGGGAGGUGAGGAAUUGUUCUGCUGACAGAGCAGCCUGUACCCAUUUCAUCCAUGGCUGGAAGUGGCCGGAGGCAACUCAUCUGUGGAAGUGCUCAUGGAGUCUUUCCCGGCAUGGCACACAGAUUCUUCUCUUCCUAGCCUGGCGUAGUACCUGUAUGGUGGAGCUGUCAUCUUCAUGGCCGUGUCGCAGUAUUCUUCAGGAGAAUAUGAACAGUUAAGCCAUAUGUUCUUAGGGACAACUAUGCUUAGAUUUUGGUGCACCUGGUCAUUUGCAAGUGUUAAAUUACCGCACCCCCUUUAACAUGCAAGCCUUCUGCACCAGCAUCACGUGGCUGGCAGUAAGAAGGGGCAGAGUCUGCCUUUUAGCCUUUUAGGAAACUUGCCACAGGAUGGUAGUCAGUAUGUCCAGGUGUAGACUGAGGAGUGAUGUUAAGCAUAUUUUGGGGGGUGGCUGGUACCUAGAGAAGAAUACCGAGUUAACUGGAAUUUAAUUGCAAAACUUAUGGGCCCUUUUGUUUACUGUUAAACAGAACAAGUUAACUAAAAGUAAUACAUAAAAAAGGUUCAGAUAGUAUAGCUGUGGUAUUUAAAUAAUAUUGCUGAAGUUUAAUUUGAAAUACUUUUUAAGCAACCCAAGUUCUGAGUUGUGUUGUUACAGGAUUUCCUGAAACAAAACUGGCUUAGAAAUCUAAAAUUGCUCAGCUAACAAAACACACAGAAUGCUGUGAUUCCUGCUUUCAAGCAGGAGAGUGGGGCGGCUUCUCUUACAUAUGGCUGCACCCUGGGCUGUGGCGACGGCCCCCUGGGAGCGGUUCACUGGUGCACAGUGGACAGCAGACCUGCCUUCACCCAGCCUGGAUGCCGAGAGGCGUUCUCCUGCCUAGGAGGAAGGACAGACCUGAGGAUCUGUCAGCGCUGGCUGUGUAUCAGUCAUUGCAUUUAACCAGAUGAUACCUGCUCCUGAGACACCUUCCUGUUACUUUUGAAGAAGGUAACUAUCUGUGCUCACUUUGGCAGCACAUAUACUACAAAAAGGUGACUAUCUAAAAAGUGUGCUAUUCAGUCUUUGUAUACUGGAUGAUUUUUGCCCUAAAAAAAUGAGUGUUAUUGAAUCAAGAUCUCUGAAUUCUUAUGGAACUAAUGAUGCUGCAUUUAAAAAUCUAAGAUAAUUACUUUAGAUAAGAAUUACCUUUAUUCUAGAAAGGUUUUGUUUUUGCCUUGAAGCAUUCUGAGAUAUUUUAAGGAUUAAAGAGUCUAAUGUAUUGCUUUUAUGAAAUCAAGCAUUUUAAUUCACUGAGGCAUCCUGUCCAUGAAUGUCUACAGAAGCCAAGCACAAAUAAUUUUUUUCUGUAGUCAUAUCCUUAAAUAUUCAGAAAAAAAAUUUUAACUGAAGGACGCAAUCACAUAAUUGAAUUGAGCAAAACACUCAAGUGCUUUUUGCAUCUAUGUAGGAAUCUGUUUCUUACCAAUAAACUUAAAAAUGCAUUCUGAAAACUAGUGACCAGCUUGCAGCUUUUAUUUGUUUUAGUGGCUUAAAAUUCAAGCCAAUGUGAAAUUUCCCAGGUAAAUUCAUCUUUGUUCUUUAGUUAUCUCAUUACCUCACUAAUUAUGGUCAGCAAUGUGUAUUUUAAAAUCUGGUUCCUUCUGCAGAUGUUACUGUGACCUCUGAAAUAUAGUAAAGGCCUCUACCUACUUUCAAAAGGAAACAUAGAACACUUCAUCCUUUGGAGAGGAUGAAAAGCAACCAACGAGGAGCCAGAGGGGUCUGGGCUGGCCAAGGGCUGGACUGUAAGGGAGAGGUGUCUCAGGCCUCACUGCCUCCCAACUUGCUGCCCAGGAGGUUUGUUCUUCACUGUAACAAAAUUACUGUGGAUUAAGUCAGUUUAAUGGAAAUGUGCAGAGAGCUACAGCCUUUAUCAGUAAAAAGAGAAAGCAGCUUUGGUGCCAAGUGCCAACACCACAGGGGACACAUUCUCUGGAUUCUGUUGCUUUGCUCAUUACUGAAGUAAUGACUUUUAAGCUCCAUCCUGGAUGGCCACCGGUAGUCUCCGGUGUCUUCCCACAUGGAAGGAUGGUAACUGUCCUUUCCCUGACCAGCGACUGAGAAAAAUCCUGAAUGUGUAAGGGGAUGGAACAGUCACUCCUCCCACCUGCCUGACACAUGCAAUGGAAAAACACAUUACUGACAAAGCAGUUUCCCAUUUUUGUUAGGCUAGUUUCCACAUUCCGCCCAUUUUUAGGGCCUGCAGGCUUCCUUGUGGGAGCCUCUGGAGUGGGGUGUCACAGGCACUUUCCACAGCAGGAGUUUAAAUGCAUCAGCUUGAAGCCUUAAAAAGUUCCUCCUCAUUCCUCAGUUCUGAAAGCUUGUGCUUUCUUACCACAAAUAAGCAGAUGGAAACAACUUUAACAGUUAAAUGUGACUGGAAGUAACAUUAAUUUUAUAAUUUUUUUCUCUUACAUGUUGUAAGUCUGUAUUUGAGUAUCAGUAUGAAAACAAGUUGUUGGAGUUCUGACAGCAGAAUCUAAAACCUACCCAUGAUUUAAAAAAAAUUACUGAUAUAACCAUGUUUUAAGAAGGCCAAUAGGAUCACAAUUUAAAAUUGGCACCAUUUUCUCUUCCUGGUAGAUAACGAAAAAUUUCAGGUUUAAAGGCAUAAAGUUGUACUUGGUAUUUACCCCAAAUUAAAGAAAGUGUGUAAGAAAGAGGCAGAAAUUAAAAAUGUCUCCUGGGUCGGCCUCUGUUAGAGCCGACAGUUUUACAGACACAUGGCACCGGUGCUGGGCCUUGCAAAAUAUUUUCAUGAGUAUCCAUUAGGAUAAGCUAGAGAAAUUAACACAACUUUCUUGAAUGUCAUUGACUUUUUCAUGUUUAUAAAGAAAAGAAGAAGGCCAAUGCUAAAUUUGUCAACUAACAUCCUUGCUGUAGAUCAGAUCAUUCCCUUUCUGUUAAUGGCAGAAUUUAUUUUGUACUUCUGAAUGAUAUUAAGAGGUGGGAAUUUUUUCAGGUGAUCUCUUCAUUGACUGAUUUAAGCAUAAAAUUAGCCACUGCGUGGCUUCAUGUACAUUCAUCUGUGGAUGAAACAUUUACCUGCAGAGGAAAGCAGAGCAUAGGGGAGGUGAAAAGUGAAGAUGUUUGAGAAGUUGAAUUAUUACUCUUACUCUAAGGUUUGUUUUGAAUGAGAAAAGACUUAGUCCAUCUCAAUUUAGGGUUUUAAUAAAGGACGUAAAAUUUGAAAUAGGUCUCAGACAUGUCUAUGGGUACUAUUUUUUAUACCCGUGUAUUUUCACAUUUAAUAAAAAUAUUUAUGGUCAUCA